AGCUGAUUGCCCUGACACUGGAAGUCAUGCUUGGCAAAACAAAGCUUUCCCAUAUACUGUACUAUUACUAUACUAUCACCUCAUCGCGAGUCGCAUUUGAGUUAAUAAAAAAAAUCGCUUUGCCUGUGCUGAACGAACGGGAAAUCAAUUUGAAUCAUCGUGUCGUCGGGUUGUGUUAUCAGUGGCCAGUUACAGCAAUACAAUCAAGUUGACGAGCGUCGAGCGAUUACAACAGUGGCUUCGCUGCUGCUGGUAUGAUGUGAUGCAAAAGAACAAGUGUGUAUGAAAGUGAAUGUAGUUGUACAACUAUAGCACGUACACAAUACAGACACUGACUGCAGCAGUCUACAGCAGUAGUACGCGACCAGGUCACUCCGUAAUGUAGUUCUGUGGUUUACGUCGAAUUGAAGCCCUGGCAGAGUAACCUGUGCGUACGUACGACCGAAAUGUGAGUUUUUGCUCCUGUUUAAGCGAGAGAUAAGCUUCCAAUUUGGCAAAGGCAGAGGAAAAUUGGCAAGAGUUAAUAUAGUCGCGGGCAGUCGUCGUUUCGAAACACACACGCACGCAAUGGACGCGCAGCAAUACGAUGAAGACCUUUCGCAAAACCUCUUCUUCCGGAAACUACAGCUGGAUCAUCAAAUCUUCCUCGAUACGGCCCCCAUCGAGGGCUGGAUAGUGUGCAUUCCGCGCAGUGGUUCGAUCAACGAAAAGUGUCUGACCGACCAGGAGUUCCUGCUGGCGCAGAUUCUCGUGCCCAACGAGGAACUACCCGAAACUCACUUCACCAACUUGAGCUGCGCUGACGUGAGGCUCAAUGGACGCCAGCUGCUGACCGGAGGACUCAAGGUCACGAUCCUGUUUGAGGAACUGUUCUACACCAAGGACGGACUCAAGUACAAGAUCUGGUGCAUCGAAAGACCGCUGUGCGACACUAGGCCGUACGGGCUAGUCCUGGACGACGACUUCGGCAAACUAAUCACCAUCCGUAAGCUUCAGGACGCGGUCGAGUUCAUUCGGACCGUCGCCAAACCUCGGUACGUGUUCUCCAAAAUUGACGCCGCCGUGCAGACCUUCAUAAAGCAUCGCUCCUCCUUCCUCAACUGCAACCUCAAGCUCUACAAAGAAGACGUGAAAAAACUCUACAUUAGCUGUCUGGAAAUCAUUCUGCAAAAUCGCAAACUCAAAGACCGCUGCCAGCGGGAUGCCCACCUCAAGCGCAACGUGAAAAUCGCCGUCGAAACGUACAUGAUGGACAAACUGUACGACCACCUGCGCGAGGUCAUCACCGUCUGCCACCAGGACCAGGUCGAGAGCUUCAACAAAACCAUCCGCAACCUGUCCGACAUUCACGUGUCCGAGCUGAGUCUACGGCGCAGCUACGCCGACGUAAUCCCGGCCGUCAAGAAAGAGCUGCUCCGCGUUGACGACUGUCGGACCGCGGUUGAUAAGAUCAACUGUUUGAAGAGAGCGUUCGAGAUAAUUGCGCGCGAGCAAGCCGGACCUAGGGUGGUGACGACGGCCAAAGGUAGCGCGGAUCAAAAGCUGGCCACGGCAGACGAUGUGAUCCCGCUGUUGAUAUUUGUCGUUAUUAAAACAGGCCUGACUAACUGGAUAAUGAACCUAACUUUCCUCAAAGAGUUCCAACUGAACGAGGCAACGCAAGCGGCGCAGAAAGAUAAAUUUGGCCAGAGCAGUUACAUGAUAACGACCCUCGAAGCGGUCAUCGUGUACAUCAGCUGUUGCAGCAUCGAACGAUCCCAGCGGCUGGGCAUAGAUUUGAUGCCCCGCGAGGACAUGCAAAUGAAGCGGUUCUCCGAAAUGACCUUCCGCAACGCGGAUCAGUUUUUGAACUAUCUGUUCACGCUGAUGAAGAACAACGAGGAGGACGAGAUAUUGGAGAUUUUCCAAGAUUUCAACAACAACGGCCAGACGGUCAUUUCGCAGUAUAAAAAAUGCCACCCGUUGUGCGUUUGCAGCAAGUGUGAAUCGUUGCCGUAUCAGCCCCACAUUGACGAUCGUAACCAGAACGGGUUGGCCGCGAUUCACCUGGCUGCGACGCUCGGAAGUCCGAAGCUGCUCACGCUCAUUUUGAACUUGAAACCGAACGUCGAUGCAGUGGACGCCAAGAACUGGACGGCGUUGCAUUACGCCGCCGCGAAUGGCCAUCAGAAUCUGCUGCUGCUGUUGUUGCAUGCCGGCAUCAAUAUCAAUAGCACUAGCAACGAUCAGCACACAUCACUUCAUCUAGCUUGUCUAAAUGGCCACAGUGGAUGUGUGAAGGCGUUGUUGUACUUUUCCGAACAUAUGAAGAUCCACGUGGACAUCGAUGCCCAAACGCAACUUGGUCAAACGUCGCUUCAUUACGCGGCCAAGUGGGGCUUCUCCGACAUUGUGGAAACCCUGCUGGAACACUCGGCGACCGUCAACGUGGCCAACCGAGUUGGAGCAACACCGUUGAAGUACGCUCACAGCACCAAAAUUGGCAAAAUGCUCAAGGAAGCGUACGUCGAUCAGCAGAAGCGUCGCAAAUCACCCAAAUCUAGUCCAGUCAAGAGUGGUGACUUUGUGAUGCUCUCAGACGAGGACCUGCUCGACGACGAAACAUUCAUCGAGUAUCGCAACAUCGAAGAAAUGAAACGCAUAGACAAAGCAGUCACGGCGAUCGCAGCCCAUGACACCAAGCUUGCAUGCUUCUACCUCGGAUUGGAGGUCUUCCCACCGAUCGAAACGUCCUCCCCGAAGGAUUACUCCACCACGGAGAAAGCAUGCCACCCUCUUUGUACCUGUCAGCGAUGUCUGAACGAUUCGGCAGAUUUCUACACUCUGCUAAGAAAACCCUUCGCCUCCUCCAAGUCUUCCCCCGCCACGAAGCUCAACCUGAAUGCAACCAACGGUGAAGGCCUGACGGCGCUGCACGUAGCCGCGAUCCACGGAAACCUGGACAUGGUCAACAUCCUGAUGGACCACCACGUCAGCGUGUCCGCCCGUACCAAGUCCGGCGCGACGGCCCUUCACUAUGCGUGUCGCGAACGCCGGCUGAACGUCAUCAAGCUGCUGUUGAACCGGUGCCACAGUGCGGACAUCAUCGACCUCAAGGAUUGUCGCGGCGAUACUCCGCUGCACUACGCCGUCGAGCAGAAUCAGCUUCGCAUCGUGGAGAUUUUGCUGAGUGCCAAAGCCGACAAGAGUCUGCGCAAUCUGGCUGGAAGGCGACCGAUCGAUAUCGCGCGCGACCGGCUGUUCUUCAAUGUUGUGAACGUGCUCGAGCGGAAGUGGUAAAUGGAGGCGGAAUAUUUUAACAAAAACCCCAGUGGCAGAAUCUACUUGUUCUCUUGUGUAUAUUCUAUUUAUUAAAAAAAAACAUAUCGCUAGAAAUUGUCCCCUACGGACGGCUAAACUGUAGAUUUAAAUAGUACUAUUGAUUUUCAAUGUUAUGGAGUUUAAUAAAGCUUAUAGAACAAAAUAUCCCUCAAAUUA